AUGGCAGCGGCGCCCGGCCGGCGGCCGCGCUGCCUCCUCUGGGCGGCAGUGGUUGCACAUGUGGUGGCGUCAGGUGCAGGUUUUGUGGAGGAUCUAGAUGAGUCGUUUAAAGAAAACCGUAAAGAUGAUAUUUGGCUUGUAGAUUUUUAUGCACCUUGGUGUGGCCACUGUAAGAAACUAGAGCCUGUGUGGAAUGAAGUGGGUAUAGAAAUGAGAAACAUGGGUUCUCCAGUAAAAGUUGGGAAGAUGGAUGCAACUUCCUUUUCUAGUAUUGCAUCUGAAUUUGGAGUGCGAGGCUAUCCAACAAUUAAGCUCUUGAAAGGUGACUUGGCAUACAACUACAGAGGACCUAGAACCAAAGAUGAUAUAAUUGAAUUUGCUAAUAGAGUGGCAGGGCCUCUCAUCAGGCCACUUCCUAGCCAGCAUAUGUUUGAGCAUGUACAAAAGAGACAUCGUGUACUUUUUGUAUAUGUUGGUGGUGAAUCUCCUUUAAAGGAAAAAUACAUUGAGGUUGCUUCAGAACUAAUAGUUUAUACAUACUUUUUUUCUGCCUCAGAAGAUGUGCUGCCUGAGUAUGUGACAUUGCCUGAAUUGCCUGCUGUUAUGGUCUUCAAAGAUGGAACUUACUUUGUUUAUGAUGAGUAUGAAGAUGGUGAUUUGUCAUCCUGGGUAAACAGAGAAAGAUUUCAAGGUUACCUUCACGUAGAUGGCUUUACACUUUAUGAACUUGGAGAUACAGGAAAACUUGUGGCUAUUGCAGUCAUUGAUGAUAAAAACUCUUCAGUGGAACAUACCAGAUUAAAGUCUAUUAUUCAGGAAGUUGCCAGAGAUUAUCGGGAUCACUUUCACAGGGAUUUCCAGUUUGGCCACAUGGAUGGAAAUGAUUACAUUAAUAGUUUACUAAUGGAUGACUUGACAAUCCCUACUAUUGUUGUAUUGAAUACCUCCAAUCAGCAGUAUUUUCUACCAGAUAGGCACAUUGAGAGCACAGAAGACAUGGUUCAAUUUAUUAACAAUAUCCUGGAUGGUACAGCUGAAGCACAGGGUGGUGAUGGACUUCUGCAGCGAAUCAAGAGAAUAAUCUAUGAUGCCAAGUCUACUAUAGUGUCUGUGUUCAAGAGUUCACCACUGCUGGGAUGCUUUCUCUUUGGGUUACCCCUGGGGGUCAUCAGCAUCAUGUGUUAUGGAAUCUGCACAGCUGAUACAGAGGGAGAGGUAUUUGAGCAUGAGGGAGCUAAAAAAGAAAGUGGUGAUCGAGAACUCACAGAUGAAGGCAGUGAGGAAGAACAAGAGGAGGAAAAGAAUGGAAAAUACACAGAACUUUCAGAUGGAGAGCUUAAACAGAAAGACAUUAUGGAAAAGAAAAAAGACUAACCUGUUUAGCCAGAGAAUUCUCUAGAACUUCCAAAUAGAUUUAUUUAUUGGCAGUUGUCAUUUAUUGGUUAUCUCCAUGAAAGAGGAUAAUUUUAUCUGCAUAAUGGUAGUUUUGACUUGCAUGUAUUCACAUUUUCUCAGAAAUUGAUGGAAAAAAAAUUGAUGUUCUCUUAAUUGUCCUUAGUAGAUUAACAAAGAGCAGUUUAAACUGAAGAAAUUUUCAGGUACAAUUCUAUACCAUUUUUGUAAGAGUUUUGAAUUGUUCAUUUCCAGAACAGAGAUAAUGUUACUUGACCUUACUAUAUGUGAUGAACUCCUACUAAUAUAGCCCAGCUAUACACUGAUUCAUAUAAAAUUAAAGCUGAAAACAAGGAAAGAGCUGUAAAGUGUUUUAGGCCCAAUAGCUAAAGACAACUUAAAAGUUUCCUAAGAAGUCACAUGUUCUACCUGUUGCACAUUAUUAGGGGAAAAGAAAACCAAAACAUCAAACUUUUCUAUUUUCUCAAAUUAAAUGUAAAUUUUGGGAAUGGUGCCAUGAAAUAAUUAUUAGCAGUCAAGAAUGUUUACUAGUACAGGAUAUGGGAAUUAUAUACUAAGUGUUUAUUAAAAAUAUUGGAAAAUUAUGUUAAAAACCUUUUAGAACAUGAUUGCCUGUUAAUUACUUUUUGUGAGUGCUUGCACACCUAGAGUGCAAAAGAUCUGCAAGAUUUCUGAAUCUGCAGCACAGCUUGAUAAAGGAAGACGUCAAUAUGAACACCUUCUGACCAUUUGUAGAACUCUCUGCCAAGCUUUUUGAAUGGUGUAUAUUUAUUUUACGAUGUUUACUUGAGAUUAUUAUAUAUCUUUGAGAUAGGUAGUUUUGUUUGAGACUGUUGCCUACUCUGAAGGAGGGAGUUAAUGGAGUUUAAUAUUAACAUUGAUAGAGAUUGAUCAGUACAAAGCAUUUUUGUUACCUGUUUCAUCAUAAAAGCCACAUUUAAUACAAACCUGUGACUGCAAAAAGGACUUAAUUUGUGUCCAGGGCUAAAAUUCUCCAAUGAUAAGCUAUGAAGCAGCCCGUGGCAUCAAUGUAAUGGAAAGUACCACAAAAACAAAACUUGUAUUUUUUUGCUUCAAACUAUUCAUGCUGGGUUUUUUCAUUUUAUUUGUCUUUUUUUUUUUUUAAGGGUAUAUAACUGUAUAAUACAAAAUAUUAUGUCCUCCUUAUAAGGCAGCUUGAUCACAUGAGAAAUUGCUAUGCUGUAGCACUAAAUUAAGGAAUUUUAAAUAGUAACCAUGAGUAAGCUUAAAUAGACAAGUUCUGUGUUUGAGUAAAUUUGAUGAUGCUGUGGAAUCAUAAGCAGGGAAAUGUAUUGCAUUCUUUUCCCUGUGGGAAAGUAACUUGUUUCUUCUCUUUAAGUAGCUUGGAUCUCUGACCUGAAAGAUUUUGGUUAUCAAACAGUAUAAACAGCAUGUAAAGAGAUUAGGAAAUUUUUUUGGAAAAAUUCCAUAUCUGAUUAUGAAUACAAACCUUUUCCUUUUUGAAGGAAAGAUUAUGAGGUCAUAGAACACUAAGUAGCAGGUAUCUGAUACAGUUUUUUCCCCCUUGUUUUCUCUGUUUUCUUUCUAUGAAUUGCCUUUUAAAAAUUUCUGUCAUUAUAGCCAGUUGUAUAUAGUGACUUGAGUUUUCUUGCUUUUUGUUGAGAUUUUAUUUUUUUGGUAGAACCUUUGAGAGGUGUAGAUUCAGCAUAUACAUGAGGAAUAGGUGCUUAAAAAUGUGUUUAGAAAGGGAUAAUGGUAUUUUGCUCCUGAGCUGUUUAUUGAAAAAAAUUUAAAAAUCACUUAAUGAAAAACUUGUAAAUUUCUUUGGACUUCUUCACAACUCAGUGCUGAUAGUCAAAAUAUAGGACUGUUAAGACAGUAGUAUGGUUUUUUUGUCUCUUUUCUUAAGAUUUCAGUACAGAUCAGUUGCAUAUUUAAUGUUGGCUCAGGCUGGAAACCUGCAGCUUUUGACUUAAUAAAAAAUCCUGAAGUGGUCACUGGGGCCAUGCUGUUCCUUCUCUGGAGUGUAAAGAAAAAAAAAACCAACUAAGUUCUGCUGCACUGCUAAGAACUGUUUCAACAUGGAGCCUUCUUUUUUUGUGGUUAUUUUUGUUCGUAUUUAUAAUCCUAGUAGCUGGUUGACUUUCUGGGAAGUAUUCUGAGAUAUGGACCUGAAUAAUGAUAAAUACUGUGGAAGAAACGGAUCAUACUGGGAUCUGUUCAAACUGUAGCACUUAAUAGCUAGAGUUAGGAGGAAAGCCUGUAUGUCAGUCACUUCUGAACUCUAAUAUAUAUCAGAUUUUUCAACAGAACUGUUGAAAAUUAGACUUGAAAUGUACUGCUGUUUUCAUCAAAUCCUUCCCCCAGAUAAAUUGAACAAGUCAUGAGGAGAAAAAAGGGGGACAGGUCAUAUACUGUAUGUCAGAAGUAAUGUGAAAUUAAAGUGUUUGAUGUGGUCACUCAAGUAAUCUAGAAUGCUGUCUGAGGAGGGGCAUUUUCUUUUUUUUCUUCAGUCUUUAAAAGGUUUCUUAAAGCAACUUCACUGUAAUAACUUUGGAUUCAUAAAAUAAUGCUGCUUUUUUAAGUCAAGUGUAAACCUUUUGUUUUUCUGUAAUAAAAAGGAUUUUAAAGAGCC